GGUGUCUGGGCUCCGUCCGGUGUCUGACCGCCCCGCCGCCUCGCCCUGCCCGCAGUACGGCUUCGUCAAUCACGCCCUGGAGCUGCUCGUCAUCCGGAACUACGGGCCCGCGGUCUGGGAGGACAUCAAGAAAGAGGCACAGCUGGAUGAAGAAGGACAGUUUCUUGUCAGAAUAAUAUAUGAUGAUUCCAAGACCUAUGAUUUGGUUGCAGCUGCAAGCAAGGUUCUUAAUCUGAAUGCUGGGGAAAUUCUUCAGAUGUUUGGGAAGAUGUUUUUUGUGUUUUGUCAAGAAUCUGGCUAUGAUACAAUUCUGCGUGUUCUGGGCUCAAAUGUUAGAGAAUUUUUGCAGAACCUGGAUGCUCUGCAUGACCAUCUUGCUACUAUUUACCCAGGUAUGCGAGCCCCUUCCUUCAGAUGCACUGAUGCGGAGAAGGGGAAAGGACUCAUUCUGCAUUACUAUUCAGAAAGGGAAGGUCUACAGGACAUUGUCAUUGGAAUCAUCAAAACAGUAGCUCAGCAGAUCCAUGGUACAGAAAUAGAUAUGAAGGUUAUUCAACAGCGGAGUGAGGAAUGUGACCACAUUCAAUUUUUAAUUGAAGAGAAAGAAUCUAAAGAAGAGGACUACUAUGAGGACCUUGACAGAUUUGAAGAAAAUGGUACCCAAGAGUCUCGCAUCAGUCCAUAUACUUUCUGCAAGGCUUUUCCUUUCCACAUAAUAUUUGACAGAGAUCUGGUGGUCACACAGUGUGGCAAUGCAAUAUACAGAGUCCUUCCACAGCUGCAACCAGGAAAUUGCAAUCUUUUGUCAGUGUUCUCCUUGGUCCGGCCUCAUAUUGAUAUUAGUUUCCAUGGGAUCCUCUCACAUAUCAAUACAGUCUUUGUACUGAGGACCAAGGAGGGGCUGUUGGAUGUAGAGAAGCUGGAGUGUGAAGAUGAGUUGACUGGUACAGAAAUCAGUUGCUUACGCCUGAAAGGGCAAAUGAUCUACUUGCCUGAAGCAGACAGCAUUCUAUUUCUUUGUUCACCGAGUGUUAUGAACUUGGAUGAUUUAACCAGAAGAGGGUUAUAUCUGAGUGAUAUUCCAUUGCAUGAUGCUACCCGUGAUCUGGUUCUUUUGGGAGAGCAGUUCAGAGAGGAAUAUAAACUGACUCAAGAGCUUGAGAUCCUCACUGACAGACUGCAGCACACACUACGUGCACUCGAAGAUGAAAAGAAAAAGACAGACACAUUACUGUACUCCGUUCUACCACCAUCGGUGGCAAAUGAGCUGAGACACAAGCGUCCUGUUCCAGCUAAGCGAUACGACAACGUCACCAUUCUCUUCAGUGGCAUUGUUGGAUUCAAUGCCUUCUGUAGUAAGCAUGCCUCUGGAGAGGGAGCUAUGAAGAUUGUUAAUCUUUUAAAUGAUCUUUACACGAGAUUUGAUAUUCUAACUGAUUCACGAAGGAAUCCAUUUGUUUACAAGGUGGAAACAGUUGGGGACAAGUAUAUGACUGUGAGUGGUCUACCAGAGCCUUGCAUUCAUCAUGCACGAUCUAUCUGCCACCUAGCAUUGGAUAUGAUGGAAAUAGCAGGCCAAGUUCAAGUUGAUGGGGAGCCUGUACAGAUAACAAUAGGAAUCCAUACUGGUGAGGUAGUCACAGGUGUCAUAGGCCAAAGGAUGCCACGUUACUGCCUGUUUGGAAAUACUGUCAAUUUAACAAGCAGGACAGAAACUACUGGAGAAAAGGGAAAGAUCAAUGUCUCUGAGUAUACGUACAGAUGUCUUAUGACACCAGAAAAUUCAGAUCCUCAGUUCCACCUGGAAUACAGGGGUCCAGUUUCUAUGAAGGGUAAAAAAGAACCAAUGCAGGUUUGGUUUUUGUCCCGAAAGAGUACAGAGACAGAGGAAACAAAGCAAGAUACUUUCUGAGCUGAGGGAAGAGGACAAGGAUCCUGAACAGGGUGCAAUACUGUCUCCAAAUAAGGAGCCAGGCAGUAAGGAUGAAUGAUGAAUGUUACUUUACUUCGUAUCUCCCAUUGUUAUGUGCAGUACCAUUGUCUUUUGCUCUUGUCCUGAAAUCGUACUCACCAUUUUCUUCCAGGCAUGCUUGCUACUUUUUCCUUAGUGUUUGGUACUCUCUCUCUGCUAUGAGCAUGUAUUUCAGGCUCUUUUUUUUUUUUUUAAUAUGCAUUUUUGCAUGUCAGUCCUGUGGCUCUUCCUAUCACCAGUUAUUCCUGAAUCAAAUUGUAUAAUAUGCAUGCCACAACUAACCACUCAGUCUGAUGCUUCACAUCUUCAUCUUCAUCUCUGCGGUACAGUGGUUGCAUAAAUCAGUGACUUUUCUGGAAAGACAGGAGGCAUUUCAAUGUUUUGGCAGAACAAAGAACCUAAAGAACUAUUUGUAAAAAGUAGUACAUAAAGCAUCAUUAUGGAAACUACUGCAUAAAACUUAUCAGAUUUACUUCUGCUACGACCAUGCUUCCAGUUCAUAUUGCGAACAACACUUGAUGUGCUGCUGAUUCCUGUUUAGAAAAACGGUACCUUUUGAUGUCAUCCAGCAUUUUGGCUUUGUAGACACUGUGUCAACGUCUUCUGUAUUGAAAGGGGGCAGUUGUUUGUCCAACGCUGCCACCUGAAGCUUGUGCCAAUGUACUUUUGCUGAAAUGCUUUUCAUUUUCAAUAUAUUUGUCAUUGAUUUAUAUUGACUAAAUGAAGUUGUCAUGUUAAUAAUAGAUUGCUGGACUGUUGUAGGCCAUCACUCGUGUUCUAAUUCUUUUCUGAUAGAGCCUUCAAAAUUGACAGGCGUACUGCCAGGACAUGGUUGUCGUGGUUGCCUUUUGUUUUGGUCUCUGAAUUUCAGAAAUGAUUUUAUUUUAUACCUUGGGAGAACCUGAUUGUAUUCUUGGCAUCGUGGCAUAAUUAAGAGAUAUAUAGCUUGUAAGCAGACAUAGUAAAAUUAAAUGAGAUUGCAGAUGCUUCACAGUUUUAACAUACAGUGCAUUUUUGUGUGAAUAAUAUCCAUUCUUAUGUCUGGCAUUUUCUGAAUAUUUGCAUUAUAAAUUAGAAUAGUGCACUUACUUUGUGUACAAAAGUUGUCUGUACCUAGUAUACUUUAUCAGCACAGAAUAUAUAUGUAUAAAUGUUUCAUGUUAAUGUGAGAAAUUGCAAUAAAUUAUUUUUUCCACUGA